AUGGAACCUAAACCACCUAAGUACACUCAUGAUGGGCCGAAAGAAAUCCCGAAGGUCUCACCGCCAAAUCUGAAGGAGAAAAAAGGUCGCUACAUUCUUCUACCGACGAUUCCUGCUAUGAAAGUGUUUGUUGGCGAGGAUGCUCCUGCCAUAGUUCCUACUGAACCGUCGAACAUUCCACAGCAAGACACUGCUACAACAACUACGACGGCUUCGAUUGGUCUUCCAACACUCAGCACUGCGCCAACACUCCCGAUGCCGGCCCCAUUGCCACGUCCUAGUCCGAUAGCCGUCACUGCGCCAAACUUCUUCCAGUCGUUGUCGGGUGUCGCACCAGUGCCAUCAGCUACUACUACCGCACCGUUUGGUACUGGUUUCAGUGCUGAUCAGCUUCUUGCCACGCUCCUACCCUCAAGUGUAUUGCUUCAAAACGCUGGUCUGCUUCAACAGAACGCCCUGGCUAGUCUUCUUGGACUUACAGCGGCGCCUGUCGUCACACCACCUUCCACUUCAUGUGCUAACGAUGUCUUGACUCUCCUACGAGCACAACAAUCUGCCCAGUUAGCUGCCGCUUUGGCAACUCCUGGAAAAAAUCCGCUUCUGCCCCAGACCAGCUCUACGGACGACCUUAUACAGACGUUACUUGCACAGACCAGGCAACCGAUUUUCUCGCACAGCCUUUGA